GCUUUCUGUCUUAAUACAUUGACUCAUAAGAAAGGGUUACCUAAAAUCCAAAGGCUUGAAUAAAAACACAAGCUGAGAUUCAUCAUUAACAUUUCAAAAACAACAACACUAACACCACCACUGUCUAUUGACUAUGCCCAUUUCAGCACAGCCUGUAAACCAGUCCUCCAACUUUUUUCUUUCAAGAAGCCGACAAUUUUUGUGAUAACUCAUUACUCCAACCAUCCCAUGUGGUUUCCUCCUUUCACUGAACAUGUGGGAAUCAGAAAGUGAAUCAGCAGCAGUAGGACAACAAUAUGGGGGUGGAGUACUCACUUCAACCAAGCAUGGUGUCAAGACAGAAGGAUUUGUUCAAAGAGGCCACUCUUGGUAUGUUGCAACUGAUAUUCCAAGUGACUUUCUAGUACAAAUUGGAGAAUCUAGCUUCCACUUGCAUAAGUACCCCUUGCUAUCUAGAAGUGGAAAGCUGAAUAGGAUCAUAUAUGAAUCCAGAGACCCGGAUAUAAAUAAGAUAGUUAUGGAUGAUAUCCCUGGUGGGCCUGAGGCUUUUGAGCUUGCAGCCAAAUUCUGCUAUGGAAUUGCUGUUGAUUUAACAGCCGGCAACAUCUCUGGCCUAAGAUGUGCUGCUGAGUAUCUUGAAAUGACAGAAGACUUAGAGGAAGGGAAUCUCAUAUUCAAGACAGAAGCAUUCCUCAGCUAUGUUGUUCUGUCUUCUUGGAGAGACUCCAUAGUGGUGUUGAAAAGCUGCGAAAAGCUCUCGCCUUGGGCCGAGAACCUCCAAAUUGUUCGCCGGUGCAGUGAGUCCAUAGCUUGGAAAGCUUGUGCUAAUCCUAAAGGAAUAAGGUGGUCUUACACCGGAAGAACAGCUAAAAUUUCCAGCCCAAGAUGGAAUAGCAUGAGCAUGAAAGAUUCAAGCCCAAGUAGGAAUCAGCAGGUUCCUCCUGAUUGGUGGUUUGAGGAUGUUUCGAUCCUCAGGAUCGAUCACUUUGUUAGAGUGGUAACUGCAAUCAAGGUUAAGGGUAUGAGAUUUGAAUUGAUUGGUGCUUCAAUAAUGCAUUAUGCAACUAAGUGGCUACCAGGAUUGAUCAGUGACACAGCACUCCAAAAUGAUGAAGCAAGUAGCUGCAGCAUCAGUAACAGUAGUAGUAAUGCUAGUGGCAAUAGCUGGAAAGGUGGGCUCCACAUGGUUGUGGCUGCACCUAGAGAUGAUGCUUCUUCAAGUCUUCAAGCUAAGGAUCAUAGACUCAUCAUUGAGAGCCUCAUCAGCAUCAUUCCACCACAGAAGGAUAGUGUUACAUGCAGCUUCCUUCUUAGACUUUUGAGAAUGGCUAACAUGUUAAAAGUUGCUCCUGCACUUGUUACUGAAUUGGAGAAAAGGGUGGGAAUGCAGUUUGAGCAGGCUACACUUGCUGAUCUUCUGAUUCCAUGUUAUAAUAAGAGUGAGACUAUGUAUGAUGUGGACCUUGUUCAGAGGCUAUUAGAGCAUUUUCUUGUGCAAGAACAGACUGAAACUUCAAGUCCAGGUAGACAAUCGUUUUCAGACAAACAUAUGGGAAGUAGUAACUUGAAUGCCAAGGCAAGAGUUGCAAGGCUUGUUGAUAGUUAUCUUACAGAAGUGUCCAGAGAUAGAAACCUGUCCUUGACAAAGUUUCAGGUGCUUGCCGAAGCUUUGCCGGAGUCAGCUAGGACCUGUGAUGAUGGACUUUACAGAGCAAUUGAUUCAUAUCUUAAGGCGCAUCCAACGCUGUCUGAACAUGAAAGGAAGCGACUCUGCCGUGUAAUGGAUUGUCAGAAACUCUCCAUUGAUGCAUGCCUGCAUGCUGCACAAAAUGAAAGGCUUCCAUUAAGGGUAGUGGUGCAAGUUCUAUUCUCUGAACAGGUGAAGAUCAGCAAUGCAUUAGCCAGCAGUUCUCUAAAAGGUGAUGAUGAAUCUCUUAACCAUCCAAUGGUUGUGAACAGAAAAACACUCCUUGAAGGAACACCACAAUCAUUCCAAGAAGGUUGGUCAACUGCAAAGAAAGACAUCAACACACUCAAGUUUGAGCUUGAGAGUGUGAAAGCCAAAUACUUAGAGCUCCAAAAUGACAUGGAGACUUUACAGAAACAAUUUGAUAAGAUGAUGUUGAAGCAGAAGCAUACAUCAGCAUGGAGCAGUGGAUGGAAGAAGCUGACCAAAUUUACAAAGACAACAAAUGUUGAAAACCAUGAUGUUCCACCACAUCAGCUUCCAACAGCUUCUGAAGAACAUAACAGAAAGACUACUAGAAGGUGGAGGAAUUCGAUUUCCUAAAGUCCUAGUUUUACUUGGAACCAUUUCUUCUGAGUCCCCACCUUUUUCCUUUUUGGUCAUAUUUCAUUACUUUUCUUCAUUUGAACAGUAAAUGAGGCUUCUCUUCUUUCAGUUCCUAUUGUAUCUUAUAGCAAGAUUCUAGCUAAAUUAUAAUUUGUUACCAAAUUCAAUAAUAUAUUUCCAGUGUAAAAGCAUAU